AGUUGCUGAAAAUACUGACAAAUGCGCUGUUGCCACUGUUGCUGUUGGGUUGGGGGGCCAUGAUGGCGUUGAAGCAGUAAUUCCACAACAGUGCAGUAAUUUUCCUCAAAAUGUCGGCAGAGAAGAAAUCCUCAAAUGAGGAUGACCAUCUCUUAUCGCAGCUGAAGGAACACUUUGGUCACAAUCAAUUUAAGAGCAAACUUCAAGAACAGGCUAUCCGUGAAAUUGUGAAAAGGAAAGGAGAUGUAUUUGUUUCAAUGCCUACAGGGUCUGGCAAGUCCUUAUGUUUUCAGCUCCCUGCUGUUUUACACAGUGAUAAAGUUGCAUUGGUAUUUUCACCACUUCUGGCUCUUAUGAAAGAUCAAAUUGAUCACCUGGCAAAGCUUCGUAUUGUUGCUAAUUCCAUUAACUCUAAAAUGUCAAGCUCAGAACGAAAGGCUGUUGUUCAGGAUUUACGUUGUAUGCGCCCACACACACGGUUGUUGUACAUAACACCCGAACAAGCAAGCACUGAUAACUUUCAGUCCCUACUUGAAGAGCUUCAUAGGCAAAAGAAGGUCUCAUACAUAGUUGUUGAUGAGGCUCACUGUGUCAGUCAAUGGGGACAUGACUUCCGCCCUGACUUCUUAAAACUUGGGAGGUUGAGACAAGCAUAUCUCGACAUUCCUUGGAUAGCCUUAACUGCAACAGCAAGUAAAGUUGUUGCAAAGGAUAUUGAGAAGCAAUUGAGCUUAAAGAAGCCGGUUGCAACCUUCAAAACUCCCUGUUUCAGAAGAAACCUUUUCUAUGAUGUUGUGUUUCAAGACAACAUGAGAGAUCCUUAUAGUCAUCUUUCAGAAUUCAUAAAAGAUACAUUAAAGAUAGGACAAACAGAUAAAAAAGCAGUAUGUACCU